UUAUUCCGCAAAUCUCUCUCUCUCUCUGAAAAUCAUGGAAGCUAAAGAGUUCUGUAGGGACUGCAAGCAAGAGACAGACGUCGUGUCCGACCACAGGUCGGGUGACACAAUCUGCACCUUCUGUGGUUUGAUCCUCGAAGCCCGCUACAUCGAUGAAAGAGCCGAGUGGCGAAAUUUUGCCGAUCAGAACCCUGAAGAAGACCGGACUCGCGUCGGAAAAGCCUCCGAUCCGUUGCUGGAUAAUGGUGUUCUUUCCACUUGUAUAUUCAAAGAAAAGAAGAAAAACAACAAGAAGGGUACUGAUGCCGAUGGUAAUUUUCCUCCUAAUAAAUGGACCAACAGGGCUGUAAACCCUAGCAAUUCUCUCCUAAAAUCUUUCAAGUACCUCGAAGAGAUGGCCGACCGGCUAGACAUAUACGAAGGCGUUCCGAAAUGCAUACUGGAUCAUGCCAAAGGUUUAUACAAGAAGGCCGAUGAUAAGAACUUCUGUAAGGGGAGAAAUUCUAACCCCAUAAUGGCUGCUUGCCUCUUGCUUGCGUUUGAAGAAAGCCCAAAUACGCGAACACUAAAGGAAAUCACCAUGGUUGCCAAUGGGCCAUCUAAAAAAGAAAUCAGCAAGAUGAAAGAAGAGUUGAAGAGAAGCCUAGGGAUUGCUUCCAAGAUCAAAAGCGCCAUGGACCUUUGGCCGCGACAUUGUUCGAAUCUUGGUAUGAGUAGUAAAGAUAAGAAGGCUGUGGAAGAAGCCCUGAAGAAUUUGGCAAAUUUUGAUAUUAGGAGAAACCCUAAUUCUGUUGUGGCAGCGGUUAUGUACAUGGUAGUUCAGCUUUCUAAUGGGAAUAACUGUUCUGUUCAAGAUGUCUCAAAGGCAGCUGAUGGUGUUGCUGUAGGGACAACUAAAAGGACAUACAAGGAUAUUUAUCCCUAUGCUUCACAGAUAAUACCAACCUGGUUUUGCAGGUUGGAGGACCUCAAGAAACUUAUCACUCCUUGAACGUCUAAGGCACAACACUGCAAUUCCUAAUUCCUGAUCCUUCCAGCUUAUAUAUGGAGUUCGCUGGUGUUCGCUCCCUAAAUCCGCCAUGGUGCCUUGCGGGCAAGCCGGGGAUUUACUUCACAUACGAGAUUGGUGGGUGCGGGCGUGCCACUACUAGAUGCCGCUAGUAGACGGGAUUUGAAUGAUUGAGGUUGCGCCUUUUGACUUCAAAUCCAGAGAUUGUGCCAUUUGAGUGAGAGUUGCUCAAAUUAAUGUUCUUUCUUUGCCUUAAAAAUAAGGACUUUACUUAUAUGGAGAGAUAGAACAAUAUGUAAAUGACAAGGUUGCUUGGAAAUAUAAAUGACAGAGGAAAGUGACUAAUAUAUUGCAGAUUGCUUGUAGAUUAAAUGACUGAAAGAGGGUUGUACAUAAAAGCUACAAAUCAGAUCGAUACUACAAGUGAGUAGUAGAGCUAAUAAACAAGAAAAGCAAAGGAUGCUUGGCUAAAAAUAAAUGUCUACAAGGAAGCUGAUUAGCUAAUUUGAGUAGAGUUUUGAUUGGUUGUUUUGAGUGUCCAUAAUCCUUCUGUUUGGGCUCCUUUAAAUAGAGAUCUGGAAGAAACCCCCUGCUGAAGACACUGCAUCUGCCCGAAAGAAACUUGGGCAAUUUUUAUUUCACUUGCCAACUUGCAUGGAGAAAUAAUAUUAAAAGGGAAACUUGCAUCUCCACCACAUGUUUU